AUGUCGGCAAGGUUGCGUAAUCUUAAUCCGUAUGAAUUGCAUAAACACCUAGUUAAUGUGUAUAGUCUGAAUACUAAAGGCUCGACGAGCCUUCUGAUGCGGGACACUUCUCAGGAUCGAACAGAUCUCGAUGUCAUCCGGGAAAACCACAAGUUUUUGUGGGAAGAAGACGAAGUGGUAGAUUCCUGGGAGAAACAAUUAGCCAAGAAAUAUUACGAUAAGCUCUUCAAGGAGUACUGCAUUUGCGAUUUAACUCGAUAUAAAGAAAAUAAAGUGGCACUCCGAUGGCGAGUGGAGAAAGAAGUAGUCAUGGGCAAGGGGCAGUUCCAAUGCGGCAAUAAGCACUGUAACAGCGAUCAGGGGCUGCGCUCCUGGGAGGUCAACUUUGCCUAUUUGGAAGGGAAGGAGAAGAAAAACGCUUUGGUUAAAUUACGUUUGUGUCCUGCUUGUUCAGAUAAAUUGAACUACAAGUCUAAAAAGCGCGAAGUAAAAAGGAUGAAGAAGCGACAAAAGAAAAGAAAGAGCAGCAAAGACAGAGAUAAUUCUGAUGAAGGAAGUAACAUAGAAGAGGGUUCUUCACUUGAAACAUUGCCUGAACCGUCCACAUCAACAGCAUCUGUUAUAGAGACUACAGAAAACGUAGGAGAUUCUUUGUGGAAAAAAGCCGUACAAGAAACAGAAGAAAAAACCAGAGAGGAAGAAUUCGAAGAGUAUUUAGAAGACCUGUUGUUGUAA